GUGCCACGUUUUGGCCACAGCCAUACACAUACCUCGGUACUAGGCAGGCUUGGCCCUACCGUCGGGAAAAGAGCCAAUUUCCUUCCCUUCGGGCCGACGGGGCUGUGGGUGACUCCACGCAGGCCCCGCCCGCCGCCAGCGCCGCCCCUCGGGCCGAGCAGCUGCGGCCCCCGAUCCGUGUGGGGCCGUGUGGGGCCGUGUCGGGGCCAUGUCGCGACACAGGCGGGUUCUGCGGCGGCAGCCCGGCGGGGCUGCGGGGGACUGGGCUGCCGGCGCCGCGGGGCGCGCCCGGGCCGAGGCCCUCAGGGAGGUCGGCGUGGACGAGGUGGUGGAAAUGGCGGUGCAGCUCGCCCUGGAGCGGUUCCGGAGCGGGGACGAGGCGGAGAUGGAAUUUCCUUCUAGUUUCACUAGUACUGAAAGAGCAUUUGUUCACCGUCUCUGUCAGUCUCUUGGACUGGUAUCUAAAAGCAAAGGGUGA